AUGCCAUCAACGGUUCUGCACGUUCGCGCAGAGACGAAGCCUCUGGAGCAUCGUACUGCGAUCCCUCCAUCUACGGCGAAGAAGCUUGUCGAAGCUGGCUAUGUUGUCAAUGUGGAACGGAGCCCGUUAAGCAUAUUCAAAGACUCAGAGUAUGAGGGCACUGGAGCGACCCUCGUCCCGACCGGUUCCUGGACCGAUGCUCCAAGCGACUCCAUCGUUGUAGGACUCAAAGAGCUACCAGAAGAGGACUUCCCACUGAAGCAUACCCAUGUACAGUUCGCGCACUGUUACAAGGGUCAAGGUGGCUGGGAUACCGUUCUUGGGCGAUUUCCUCGCGGUGGCGGCACCUUACUUGACCUCGAGUUUCUCGAAGAUGAGAAUGGCCGAAGGGUGGCCGCAUUUGGCUACCACGCAGGCUUCGCAGGUGCUGCCCUGGCUCUGAUGACAUGGGCUUGGCAGCUCACCCACGACAAAAGUCAACCUCUACCCGGUGUCACACCGUAUGAGAACGAGGGCGCCCUGAUCAAGGACAUCAAAGACGCGGUUGAGCAGGGUCGAGCGAAAGCCGGCCGCCUCCCGCAGGUCCUGGUAAUAGGCGCGCUAGGCCGAUGCGGACGCGGAGCAGUAGAGCUCUGUCAAAAGGCUGGGCUUGACCAGAUCAUAGUAAGCCACUCGCAUGUCCUUUCGCAAAGCGCCCAACUGAUCUUGCAGAAAUGGGACUUACCGGAGACGAGCGCCAAGCCUGGGCCAUACCAAGAGAUUGUCGAGUCAGACGUCUUCGUGAACUGCAUAUACCUGUCUGCCAAGAUCCCGCCAUUCAUCUCGCCGGAGUCCCUGACUUCGCCCAAGCGAAAGCUGACGGUUGUCUGCGACGUAUCCUGCGACACCACCAACCCGCACAAUCCGAUCCCGAUCUAUGACAUUAACACGACUUUCACGGAGCCUACUGUGCCGGUACACCUACCGGCAGAAGCCAAUGAACUGCCACUGAGCGUCAUCAGUAUUGAUCACCUGCCUUCUCUGCUUCCAAGGGAGGCUUCGGAGGCCUUUAGCGCGGCUUUGCUGCCAAGCCUGUUGCAGUUGAAUGACUGGAAGCAAGCGCGCGUAUGGGUCCAGGCGGAGAAGCUCUUCAAGGAGAAAUGCAAAUCACUCCCGGAGGGAGCUGUGGAUGGGCACGCAGAGUUGUUGGCGAGUCAGUCAUAG